AAAUCGAUCAAACCUUGAACCACUGCGAAAGGAUACCAGCCAACCAUAGCCAAGAAAAGAAACAGUCUUCUUCUUGGUCUUUCUUGAAUUUAUUUCCUCACUACUGUUAGACCCGUCACCCCAAAACAGAUAAUAGAUAGAUAGUAAUAAAUUAAAAACAGAGUCUAGUUCUGUCCCUUUCACCAUCUUGCGGACCUAGUUUCGUUCUUUUACGUUUCACACACGGCAAUUUUCUUCCCUUUAUCGGUUUGGUUUUCUAGCAUUUUUCCACAUUUGAGCUGUUUCUCUUUUCUUUCUCAUCUUGGGUUUUUUUUUCUCCACGCACAGCUAUUGUCCUUUGUCAUAGAUAAUUUCUCCGCAAAAUUCUUCCUCCAGUUCAAUUCUUUUCUUGAUUUGUUGUGUUCACACCUUCUAUUCAAAUUCUUCCUCCAGUGUUUCAUUUUUUCAUUUUUUCAUUUUCCCUCUUCACUACAUAAAUUGCUGUAUAUAAGUAAACCUUUUGGUUGCUCAUUUAUUGUUUAAUCGUUUUUUUUUUUUUCCAUUUAAAGUUCUUGUUCUUUGGCUCACGGCUUAUCCUUCUCGGAAACUCUUUCUCUAUAGUUCAAUUCUCUUCUUUGUGCUUGUUCUGUUUACACUUUCUAUUCAAUUUUUUUAAAGGGUUUUAUAUUAUUAGCUUCUUCAUUGUAAAAUUUACUUCCUGUCUUUCAUUUGCCUUCUGGGUUUUACUUUUGCGCUCUGUCUCUCUGCUUUAAACUUAAAUUGAAUGACAAAUUUUUAGAACUUCAAAGACCAUCUAGCUAGUCGUCUUUCCUAGUUGGAUCAGCCAACUCUCUCAAAGGAAUCUUUUUUGGUACAAUAUAUUUGAAAAAGAAUAAACAAAGAAUAUGAAGUGCUUUCAUAUUUUCAAAGAUAAAUCAAAGAAGAAGAAAGGAGAAUCAAGAUCAGCUCCAGAAUUAGGAAACAGAAGCCGACCAGACAUUUUACCUAAUAGCCGUACAACAAGAUCUUUACCUUCUCCAAGAAGCAUAACUGAAUUGUACAAAGAGAAGGAGCAUAAUUUAAGAGCUUUCUCUCUUGAAGAGCUUAAAGAGGCAACUAAUGGCUUUAGCAGACUUCUCAAGAUUGGUGAAGGAGGAUUUGGGAGUGUUUAUAAGGGGACAAUUAGGCCUGCCGAUGGUCAAGGUGAUUCUAUACCAGUCGCCAUUAAGAGGCUUAACAAGCAUGGCUUGCAGGGCCACAAACAAUGGUUUGCGGAGGUUCAAUUUCUUGGAGUUGUUAGCCACCCAAACUUAGUAAAACUUCUUGGUUACUGCUCAGUAGAUGAUGAAAGGGGGAUCCAGCGGUUAUUGGUGUAUGAAUAUAUGUCUAAUAAGAGCUUAGAAGACCAUCUUUUUAGGAGUACUUUACCCACUUUGCCUUGGAAAAAAAGAUUAGAGAUUAUGCUUGAAGCGGCUGAAGGAUUGGCUUACUUACAUGGAGGAAUGGAAGUCCAGGUGAUAUAUCGAGAUUUCAAAUGCUCAAAUAUAUUGUUGGACGACAACUUUAAGCCGAAGCUUUCAGAUUUCGGACUUGCUAGGGAAGGACCAACAGGUGACAACACUCAUGUAUCCACAGGGGUGGUUGGGACAUAUGGGUACGCGGCCCCAGAAUAUGUUGAGACAGGUCAUCUUACAAGCCACAGUGACAUAUGGAGCUUCGGUGUUGUACUCUAUGAAAUCCUUACCGGUAGGCGAACUCUAGAAAGAAAUCGGCCAACAGCAGAGCAGAAACUUCUAGAUUGGGUGAAACAGUUCCCAGCUGACAGUAACAGGUUCAGCAUGAUAUUGGACCCUCGGCUCAGAAACGAUUUCUCUAUUGUAGCAGCAAAGAAAAUUGCUAAGUUAGCAGAUAGCUGUCUAAACAAGAAUCCGAAAGAACGGCCAACUAUGGAUGAGGUGGUCCAGAGCUUGAAGCAAGCAAUACAAGAUUCAGAAGGCACUAGCACUGCUGCUAGUAAGAGUGUAGAGUCAUCUCGGCCUAGAAUAUUUGAAAGAAGAGCUAUCAGGGUAUAGAUGCUUGGAUAUUGAGUAGAAAUGAGAUGGAAAUGUUUCUCUACAGGUUUGCAUCUGAAAUUCAUUUCAGGGAGUUGCAGUUUUUUCUGGGUUUCUGUGCAACAAUUAAUUUGAUUCAACUCAACUAAGUAGAGUAUUGGUCUUGUUGGGCGGAGCUAUUAGUAAACUAUUCUUUUUCUUGUAAAGAUAUGAAUGGAAUUCCAAUGAGUUCAAAUAUUCUUCUCAUUAGUUGAUAUUAAUACAAAUAUAAUUUAUAUUGGUUCAUCUUCA